CCUCCCAGCAGCCGGCGCGGCGCGGGCCGGGAUGAUUCACGAGCUGCUGCUGGCGCUGAGCGGGUACCCGGGAGCCGUCUUCACCUGGAGCAAGCGCGCUGGGCUGCAGGUGUCUCAGGAGCUACCAUUCCUGCACCCUAGCGAGACCAGCGUCCUGAACCGUCUCUGCCGCCUCGGGACCGACUACAUCCGCUUCACCGAAUUUGUGGAGCAGUACACGGGACAUGUGCAGCAGCAGGACCACCAUCCAUCUCAGCAAAACCAGAGUGGAUUACAUGGGAUUUAUUUGCGAGCCUUCUGCACAGGUCUUGAUUCAGUGCUGCAGCCAUAUCGACAGGCACUACUUGACCUAGAACAAGAGUUUCUGGCUGACCCACAUCUUUCUAUCUCACAUGUUAAUUAUUCCUUGGACCAGUUUCAUUUGCUCUUCCCUUCUGUAAUGGUCGUGGUGGAACAGAUCAAGACUCAGAAGAUUCAUGGAUGUCAGAUACUGGAAACAGUCCACAAACAUAGCUGUGGGGGGUUGCCUCCUGUUCGCAGUGCUCUUGAAAAGAUUCUGGCUGUAUGUCAUGGAGUCAUGUAUAAGCAGCUCUCUGCCUGGAUGCUGCAUGGAUUGCUACUAGACCAACAUGAAGAGUUCUUUAUCAAACAAGGCCCCUCUUCUGGAAAUGUCCCCAGCCAACCUGAAGAAGAUGAUGAUGACCUGGGAAUUGGAGGACUUACAGGAAAACAGCUACGGGAAUUGCAGGACCUGCGCCUGAUUGAGGAGGAGAACAUGUUGGCUCCAUCUCUCAAACAGUUUUCUCUGCGAGUUGAAAUGCUGCCUUCAUACAUCCCUGUGCGGGUUGCUGAGAAAAUCCUCUUUGUGGGAGAGUCUGUACAGAUGUUUGAGAAUCAAAACGUUAACCUGACCAGAAAAGGCUCCAUCUUAAAAAACCAGGAGGACACUUUUGCUGCAGAGCUACAUCGACUCAAGCAGCAACCGCUCUUUAGUUUAGUGGACUUUGAGUCAGUGGUUGAUUGGAUACGGAGCACUGUUGCUGAGCAUCUUUGGAAACUGAUGGUGGAGGAAUCAGAUUUGCUAGGACAGCUGAAGAUUAUAAAAGACUUCUACCUUUUGGGAAGAGGUGAGCUGUUUCAAGCCUUCAUUGACACUGCACAGCACAUGCUAAAAACACCACCCACGGCUGUAACUGAACAUGAUGUCAACGUUGCCUUUCAGCAGUCUGCUCAUAAAGUGUUGUUAGAUGAUGACAACCUUCUUCCUCUGCUUCAUUUAACCAUCGAGUAUCAUGGCAAGGAGCAUAAAGAUGCUUCUCAGACUCGUGAAGGGCCCUCCCGGGAGUUAUCUCCACGCGAAGCCCCCACAUCUGGAUGGGCAGCUCUGGGCCUUUCUUACAAAGUUCAGUGGCCACUGCACAUUCUCUUUACUCCUGCUGUUCUGGAGAAGUACAACGUUGUGUUCAAAUACCUGCUGAGUGUACGACGAGUCCAGGCUGAGCUGCAGCACUGCUGGGCUCUCCAGAUGCAACGCAAACACCUGAAAUCUAACAGAACUGAUGCCAUCAAGUGGCGUCUGAGGGACCACAUGGCUUUCCUUGUGGACAACCUCCAGUAUUAUCUGCAGGUAGACGUCCUGGAGUCUCAGUUCUCACAGCUGCUGCAGCAGAUCAAUGCCACAAGAGACUUUGAGAGCAUACGACUGGCUCAUGAUCAUUUCUUAAGUAAUCUGCUGGCGCAGUCUUUCAUCCUCCUAAAACCUGUUUUCCACUGCUUAAAUGAAAUUCUAGAUCUUUGUCAUAGUUUUUGUUCUCUGGUCAGUCAGAAUUUGGGCCCAUUAGAUGAACGGGGAGCUGCACAGCUCAGUAUCUUGGUAAAGGGCUUCAGUCGCCAGUCAUCACUUCUCUUCAUGAUUCUCUCCAGCGUUCGCAACCAUCAGAUAAACUCUGACUUGGCUCAACUGCUGCUGCGCUUGGAUUAUAACAAAUACUACACUCAGGCUGGAGGAACCUUGGGCAGCUUUGGUGUUUAAGCACUAAGACCUUCCCUUGGCUGUGACCAGGUGUGUCAGAGCAGUGGGCACUGCUGCUCCAGGGAAGUUUGCACUCAACAGAUUUUAUUCCUCGUAGCUGUUUCAAAAGCAAUUGACAGGAAGUGCCCCUCAACGUGAGGCUGCCCAGUGGCUGCAGAAAGCUACUCUUUUUUUUCUGAACCAGUCAGAAGAUCCAUUCUGCAGCCCUGCAUAUACUUACAGAUGCUUCUAGGGAGUCACUCUGUGUCUCUUCAGAAAGUGAAGAAGCAACAGGAACUCUGUGUUGAGUCUUCAGCCUGCACGUUGGCAUAGGGAGGAGGUAGUCUGUUGUUGACUGUGAAUGAAGUUCUGCCUGCAUUCAGAAGUCCCUCUUGUGCAGUACUCAGUGUCUGCUCAUCAAGUUACAUGCUUUCAGCUAAGUGAAACUACUGCAAGAGCAGAUUGAGGUGAAAGAAGAGGGUGAGAAGGAAUAGAUUUAGAGUCUCUUCUCAUACAGCACACUACUCUAGCACCUCUGUACAGGCAAAGAAGCCACUAGUGAUGACAUAUGAUUUCACUAUAAAGAUGUGUGUGAUUUUAGCACACAAGCAAGAGAGAAAUAAGAGCUUUUUACCCUGUUUAAAGUACAAACCUCUCUCUGCUUCCUGGAAAGUGUGUUAGAACUAAAAUGUAAGGAGAAACUUAACUAGCAUGUCAGCUCUAAGUGUAUUGUUUCCACUCACACCUGUUUAGAAUGCCACUAGUGACUAUCCUGCUGAACCAAAAUAAAACCAUCUUGUCAUGCAA